AAACAAAGAUGGUCUUGAAAACAGCGAUUUUCUUUGUGAUUUCUAUCGCAGCUUUUGCUGUGAUGUUUACCACGAUGGCACCAUUGACUGGGUUUUUAUCAUACCACGAUGUCCCAAGAAUUGUAAAAGACAAUAAUGAAGAGACCAAUUGGUUUGCCUUAACAGAGUCAUUGCUUUGGGACAUCUUCCUGGUCUUAUUAUUCAUUGUACAACACAGCAUGAUGGCAACACCAACCUGGAGAGGUCUCAUAUAUAAUCUAGGACUUGUUGUAGUUGAAAGAAGUUUCUACAUUGCUGCAACUGCUUGGGCGCUUCAGUACAUAAUGCAGAGCUGGCUGGUGAUUCCAGACUAUCCACUUUGGAUUAUUGAUACCUCCCAGAGCACACCCUGGUGGUGGUUUUUCACACUAAUCCACGUCAUGGCUUGGAUAAUUAUUUAUGGAGCAACAUUUACAAUGGAUCUACCUGAACUUCUUGGACUGAAACAGUGUCUAUACCGUGACACUGCAUGGGAGUUCGCUCUGAUUUGUACCAUAUGUCUUACUGCAAGAUUCACAAAUAAGGGCAUACAGUAG